AUGUUUGAUUUCAAAAAAGAAACUGUUGCAACCACUUUACUUGAAGUUAAUGUCAUUGAGGACCAAAUUAAACCAAUGAAUGCUUCAAUCAUACUUGAAAAUGGCAAUAUAAAACAUUGUAAAAACAACGUCUACAAUAGGAACAUAUUUAAUUUUACAAAACUAUUGAAUUUCAAAAUCAUAAUUGAAAGACCGAGAACAAGAAAAGCUCGACUCCACCCACAAUGCAAGCGGUGCCAGUUAUACGGACACAUGUUUAUGUAUUGCUUACAUACACCCUUCUGCGUCAAAUGUAGCUUAGAUCACCUCAUCUCAGAUUGCAGUAAGCCGAGCGAACAACCGGCCAAGUUUGCCCUAUACCUCGGAGCACACACUGCCAAUUUUAAAAGAUAUCCGUCAUACAAACUGUUCAAACUGUCUGAAACCACUACCGAGUUCCAACACAACGCAUAUUCGAAAAACACCUCCAAAGGCUCCGUCCAACGGGGCCAAAGAAAUUAA